AAACCAUAACUCAGAGACUCAGCAGCACCGAAUCUAUUCCGCCCCCCCACACACACACGUACAUCCACGGUAUUUAGAGUGCCCUCCGACUAAGAGGGACCGAGCACGAAUGCGUGUGCCCCGGUUUGCCCCUUGCCUUGGGUUUCCUUCUUCCUCCGCCAUACGCUGGUUGCUUAGUAGCGGCUAAGGCCAGAGGCCAGUAGUUCAAGGACCCGAUCUUAAGACUCGGUCUGUGUUAUUCCAGCAGGUCCGUUUCGACGAAGCUCGAGCGAUCGACCCGACUCCGUCCUCCUGGACUGGAGGUCCAGCCAGACUAGUCCAUGGGUUGGAUGUUGGCUAGGUACAAGUUCGUUGAACGACCCGGACUGCCUUCCACCGAGCGAUUCCCUUUGUGCCUUUGCUCGCUUUGCAUUUAGUUGGUCUCUCUCUCUUUUCUCCCUCGUUCUUCCUCUGGCUCUGGUUGGAGUCGGUUGGCUACUACCGAACCCAAGAAGGAAGGAAGCAACGACCGAUGUGGAAGUUCUCGUCCUCUGCCUGCCCGACGACUGAUGAUCAUCGUGCUCAGGCCUCCGAUCCCUCCGAUAGAUGAUAGUCACCAGCUCCUGAUCUAACGAGCGAACGACGAUGGCCUGACCGAGAACGAGGCUGCCUCCCAUUCAACCACCCAGAGUGAGGCCGAGCAUAGUGAACGAGUCAGCGAGUCUGACAGACGGUAUUGAGCGAGGCUGCAACCUCGUCGCUGGAUCCAACCAACCCGCGCGAGGACACCGAGGCCGCUACCAACAUACACAUACUCAGCACAUACUCGCACGCCCUUGGCAGGAGAGGGAGUGAUCAUUACCAUCCAGGGAAGAACGCUCCGACUAUCGCGCCGUGUUCUUCUCCCCCUCUCCCUCCCUGCCUCCUCCUUGGGAUCCUCCCUCCCUCCCUCCCUCCAACCUUCCAUCCAUCCAUCCAUCCAUCCUUCAGGCCUUAGAUCCAUGGCUCAAGGCGUCUCUCUAGUUCUGAAGAAUUCAACUUUGACGUAGUCGACGCAGAGACCUGUUGGCAUUGGUACAUCAAGUUUCAUCAUCCGAUCGGUGGCUACGCCCCCCCCUCCCCCAAAGUUGAGUGGAAUAUCAACCUUAAUCAUCUCGUAGUUAGUGACUCGCAACAUGUCCACGGACGACAGUGAUAAUGACACUUGCCUUCAAUUGGCGCUGGAGGGUGAGAAGUUGUGCAAGGCCGGUAAUUGCCGAGAUGGGGUGGCCUUUUUUGAGGCCGCUCUCCAAGCCGGUACGGACGAUUUUCGCACCCUCAGUGCCAUUUAUAGUCAGUUGGGCAAUGCCUAUUUCUACAUGGGUGACUACGUCAAGGCCAUGCAAUAUCACAAGCACGACCUUACCUUAGCGCGAACCAUGGGUGACAGACUGGGUGAAGCCAAAGCCUCCGGAAACUUGGGCAAUACUCUCAAGGUCAUGGGCAAAUUUGAAGAGGCCGUUAUUUGCUGCCGAAGACAUCUCGAAAUUUGCCAAGAACACGGUGAUCGCGUGGGUGAGGGACGGGCCUUAUAUAACCUAGGCAAUGUUUACCAUGCCAAGGGCAAGCACAUCGGUCGCAUGGGUCAUCAAGACCCUGGAGAGUUUCCGGAAGAGGUUAAAGCGCUCUUCGAAAAGGCCGUUCAGUACUAUGAGGAGAAUAUGAUUCUCAUGAAAGAAAUUCAAGAUCGUGCGGCCCAAGGCCGAGCCUGUGGUAACCUGGGCAACGUCCACUACCUGCUUGGUAACUUUUCCAAAGCUAUCCAUUAUCACCAUGAACGACUGAAGAUCGCCAAAGAGUUUGGAGAUCGAGCUGCCGAAAGACGAGCCCAUAGCAACCUCGGCAAUGCGCAUAUUUUUUUGGGCGAAUUCGAAAAAGCUGCCGAGCAUUACAAAAAGACCUUGAUGUUGGCUCAAGAGUUGGGAGACCGAGCCAUCGAGGCCCAGGCUUGCUACUCUUUAGGGAACACCUAUACUCUCUUGAAAGACUAUCCCACCGCCGUAGAAUAUCACAUGAGACAUCUCAAGAUCGCUCAAGAGCUCUUUGACAAAGUCGGCGAAGGUCGAGCUUGUUGGUCUUUGGGUAACGCUCAUUCGGCCAUGAAUCAACAUAAAGAGGCGUACCAUUACGCCUCCCGUCACCUCGAGAUCAGCAAAGAGACUGGUGAUCGCAUGGGUCAAGCCACAGCUCAACUCAAUAUCGCAGAGUUGUCCAAAACCCUCGGUCUCCCCGAAAAUCAGGCCCCAAUCUCGCCCACUACGGAUAAGCGCAACCGAAGAAUCUCAAUGGAACGCAUGGACAUCUUGAAAAUGACACCGGAUGCCAAAGCCAUGAAGAACAAGCAUAACGUGAAAAACCAGAACAGCCCUCGUAAUGCCGAUGGUAAAGAUGAUGAUGGUGCUUUGAAUACGUCGGUCGCCAACAAAUCGGGCCUUUUAGACGAAGAAGAUUUCUUCGACUUCAUCUCCAGAUUUCAAUCCAAGCGCAUGGAUGAUCAAAGAUGCUCUCUCUCUUUGCCCAAUGGUGGAGACUCUUCUUCUGUACGUGGUAACUCAAAUGGUCGUAACAGCAAUCACGCCGCUCAGGGUGAAUCGGGUGCUCCCAAGGCCGAAUCAGGCAAAGACGAGCUCCUCGACAUGAUUGCGGGUGUUCAAGGAUCUCGAAUGAAUGAACAAAGAGCCACGGUGAGCUUCCUCCCAGGAUUACCGAAAUCAAAACAACCAGAAAUCUUGCAAAGGCUCUCAGUGGCAGCCAACAACGAUGAAAACUUCCCGGACGAAACAUUUUUUGAGAUGCUCAUGAAAUGCCAAGGAACUCGUAUCGAGGACCAGAGAUCCUCCUUGCCGCUCGAGGACUCUGACAAUGUGCUUCAAGCCGCACCCACUGUGCCUGACGAAGACUUCUUCUCACUCAUUCAACGGCUCCAAGCCGGUCGUCUCGAAGACCAACGAGCAUCAUUUCCUCCAAAAGACCCUGCCUCUGUCCCAUCACGGACAGUUAACAAAGUGAAUUCCAGAUAAAAAAAAUGUCUCGUCUUUGUCGUUAGGUUGUCGUAUCUGAAAGGAAACGACAAGCCCCACGAACCAUUUGAUGUCGUCUCGCCUUGGGUGAUCAUUGCGGUCCUCGUCCCCAUUUUCAACGUCAUUCGUAUACUUUGAUAUCCCACGAGAAUACCUUUCCAAUCAUGCUAACGAAGAACUUUGAGAAAGUUAUUCCUUUGGUUAGAAAGCUAAGCUGGAGAAGAUUAUAAGGUUACCCAAACCCCAAGCAACUCUUUCCAACUUAUUUUUUCCUAAUAUAUUUCUCUGAACCUGUCACCGGCAAAUUAUUCUGGAAAAAUAAAUUAUAUACAUUUCUA